UCCUAUUAGAGUUKUAGCUUAAUGAAACCCAAACAGCGCGAGGAAGUUAAGUUCCUCYGUAACUGUAACAAUCGCGCCAUCGGCCUAGGUAAGCUAUUAAUAACUGAGCAUGGAUAUGAGCAGAAAUUUUGACUCAAGUUAAUCUGAUUGACUAAAUAUUUUCAUUUCUUGUUGUAGACCCGACAGGAAAAAGUAGUGAUAUAAAAUGGCAGUAAAUUUAUCUCUUAGAGAUCUGGAGGACGAAGUCACGUGUUCCAUUUGUUUAGAUCAGUACCRGGACCCUCGRAUCCUUCCUUGUCUGCACACCUAYUGUAGAAAGUGCCUGUUUAAUUUACUGGAAAAAGGCUCUAUUCAAUGUCCUAUAUGUCGAGUGAUAUCACAGGUCAAAGAUGUUUCUUCAUUGCAAGUAAACAUAUGGGUCAAUAAUCGUCUAUCACUACUUGAGCUUUCAAAAGUUGAGAAGCRAAGCAGUGAAGAAGAGCAGCUGCUAUGUGGAAAUUGCAAUCUYAAYCAACAAGCCACAGGAAAAUGUUUUGAUUGUGGAACAUUUAUGUGUGAUACCUGCAUCAAAGCACAUAAACUCAUGGCAGUGCUAAAGAAUCACCAGUUAUUGACAUUGGAAGAAAUCAAAAGCAAAGGUAUUCCAUCCAUUGAGAAGAGAAUAUUGUGUGGUAAACAUAAGGACGAACAACAGAAGCUUUUCUGUGAAGCUUGUGAAACACUGAUUUGCAGAGAUUGCACUUUGAUUGACCAUAAAGGUCAUCAAUUUGGAUUCAYCCCAGAUGUUAUAAAAGGACAAAAAGGAAACCUUCAAAAGAAAAUKCAAGAUCUAUGUGAAACCAAGAAGAAGAUWGAAUCUGCUUUGAAGGCAGUCMAGGAAAUGCAAGAUCGAGUGAGGAAAAAUGAGGAAACUCUCAAGAAAGAGAUAGAUAGGACAAUMGAUGCRCAAAUWGCAGUUCUGAACCAAAUACGGAGAAAUCUUAAGCAAAAGUCAGCAAACUUGACAGCGACAAAAAUGAAGAGGCUCUCCUCRCAACAGGAUGGUCUUGAGAUGCAUUUAGCAGCUCUGACAAACACACUCAACUUUACUGAAAACAUUCUUGCCAAGGGUAGCACUAGUGACGUUUUGUCAUUGGUAAAACAAAUCAAUUCACGAUUUUCAGAAGUYUUGGAAAAAGAAAUUGAUGGAGAGGUGGAUAAGGAAGACSUGCAAUCCUUAGAAKUAAGUGAAAAAUUUAGAAGCAAUGUACAAGACUAUAUUGCAAUCCAAGACACAUCUGCUCCUGAUCUACAAAAGUGUACAGUGAGUUGGAAAGACAACAACACUAUUUGCCUACAAGUCAGGAAUCAUUUGAAUGAACCAAUCAACAUAAGAGCAAGCAGARUUCAGAUAAAUYCCCAUCGUUCAUUAACCUUAACAUGCUCCAAAAGUAUURGUAGGGUAGGUGAAUUUAUGAUAAAUGGCUCAUUUCAACGCCCAAGGUACUACAGUUACAGUUUCAGCGAAAACCAUUUCAAGGUGAACAUUGAUGGACACUUUGUUGAAAAGAUACAUCAAGUUGACGGGGGUCUCAUUUGUGGCAUUUGCCUAGAGAAGUAUCAGGACCCUCGUAUCUUUCCAUGUAAAAAUACACAUACUUACUGUGGAAAGUGCCUGAAAAAYCUUCGWGAUAAGUGCGCUCGAUCGCAAGUGAUGUGUCCUGAAUGCAGAGAGAUUGUUGAGAUCAAAGAUGUUUCUUCGUUAUUACCUAACAGAUGGGUCAAUGAUGCACUAGACCGUGAGAUGCAUCGGAAGGAUGGAGCUAAUGAUUUGGUAUGCGCCAGGCAUGGAAAUAAGCAUAAGGAGUUUUUUUGCGAGGACUGCAAACUCCCCCUUUGCAAAAAAUGCAAAAACAGUGAUCACAAAGCUCAUAAAACUGCAAAAAUUGGUGACAUCACAACAAAGUACAGAAAUGAACUCAGCAAUCAAAUGAAGAACCCCAAUGUAAGAAAGAUGGUCGAAGAUACUCGCUCAGCGUUGAAAGCUGUGCUUGAUGCGAAAUAUAAAGUUGACAAAAAUUCAAGAGAAAUCGAAAAACAAAUCAAUGAAAAGAUCAACCAGAAGAUCAAUGAUCUUGAACAAGCAAGACGGGAUUCGCUUGAUCAAGUAAAAAGCAUGGAAGGAGCAAAGAUUCAGAGACUUUGUAACCAACAAGAACAGCUUGAGUGUCAUUUGGAGAAAGUGAAAAAUGCCAUCUCGGCCUCAGACGCCAUUCUGCAAAGACCAACCCAAAGUAGCGACGUCUCGUCAAUGGCGAUUAUCGCAGAGAAAUUCCAAGAAAUGCUCCAAACGCAAAUUGAUACUGAGGUCACCACAGACGAAGAUGGUUUAAUCUUGCAAACUAACGAUGACUAUUGCAUCGAUAUUGCCGCAAACUUUAUAACGGUUUUUGAUAGGAAUGUCAUUGAUCGUGGCAAUUGCAAAGUGCGCUGGUCAGACCAACAACGUAAUGCACUUCUACUAACAGUUCAGAAUUCCUUCAAAGAGCCAAUAGACAUAAAAACAAAUCGAAUUGAAGUAGUUUGURCAUCAUAUCCGGAAGUGAAUGGCAUUAGUCCUCGUAAAGUCAACCUCCCCACAGUUGAAAAUUUUGUCAUAACGGGUGAGUUCGAAAAACCGUCCGGCGAACGUGACGAAAGAGGCAUUCACAAGCUCCAAGUACUAAUUGAUGGAGAGGAGGCAGACUGGUGUCGAAUAAAAAAACCGGGUGGUGGGAAAGGCUCUUUGACAAGCCGGCUAUCAUUUAAAAAAUUGAAAUCAAAAUUUAAACGAUCUUGA